UGCCAUUUUGUUUGGAGCCACUUUUGCGCGCAGUCGAUGUUGUGAACGAGUUACACGGGAGGGGUCCGGGUACCGUCGGUCAGAGCUGUCGAUUGAAAAUGCUUUCCGCAGCGCAGUUACUCGAUGAGUUGAUGGGUCGGGACAGAAACUUGGCCCCCGACGAAAAACGAUGCAACGUACGAUGGGACCACGAAACGGUGUGCCGCUAUUAUCUGUGUGGUUUCUGCCCAGCGGAGCUAUUCACAAACACACGAUCUGACUUGGGCCCUUGCGAGAAAAUUCACGAUGAAAAUCUUAGGAAAAUGUAUGAGAAGAGCUCUCGGUUUAUGAAAGAGGGCUAUGAGCGGGACUUCCUUCGUUACCUACAGUCCCUCCUGGCAGAGGUGGAGAGGAGGAUUCGCAGGGGCCAUGCCCGUCUGGCACUCUCCCAGGCUCAGCAGAACGCAGGGGGGCCUGGUCCAUCAGGGAAGAAUGAAGAGAAGAUCCAAGUUCUGACUGAGAAAAUUGAGGACCUAGUUGUACAGAUUGAGGAGCUUGGAUCAGAGGGGCGUGUGGAGGAAGCCCAGGGAAUGAUGAAGCUGGUGGAGCAGCUGAAGGAGGAGAGGGAGCUACUCAGCUCCACCCCCUCAACCAUUGAGAGUUUUGCAGCCCAGGAGAAGCAGAUGGAGGUGUGCGAGGUAUGUGGGGCCUUCCUCAUUGUGGGCGACGCCCAGUCCCGGGUAGAUGACCAUCUGAUGGGCAAGCAGCACAUGGGCUAUGCCAAGAUCAAAUCUACUGUGGAAGAGCUCAAGGAAAAACUACGCCGUCGCUCAGAGGACCCCCUUGGAGAAAACCCUGCGGUCAGGAAGGACAGAGAAGACAGGGAGCGCGAGAGGGAGGAAAGGGAGAAGAAACGCAGGGAGGAGGAGGAGAAGGAGAAAGAGCGAGAGAAAGAACGUGAAAAAGAAAGAGAGCGGGAGCGUGAGAGGGAGCGAGACAGAGAUCGAGACAGAGACAGAGACCGGGAUCGGGAAAGAGAGAGGAGAGCGCGGCGAAGCCAUUCUAAUAGCCGCCACUCUAGCCGCACAUCGGACAGAAAGAGAAGCCGAUCCCGGGAUCGCCGGAGGUCAAGGAGCAGGGAUAGGGACAGGGAACGCAAGCGCAGCAGGAGCAGGGACAGGGAGAGGAGACGCAGCCGUGAGCGGUCGGACAGAAAGCGUCGCUCCCGCAGUCGUGAGAGGAGGAGGUCACGAAGCUCUGAGCGCAAGUCCCACCGCCAACGCAGCCGCAGCAGAGAUAAAGACAGGGACAAAGAUAGAGACAAGGAUAAGGACAGAGAGCGGUCCUCCAGAGACAAAGACCGUAAGGACACAGAAGAAAGGAAGAGCAGCAGCUCUAAGAAAGACAAGCCCUCUGACAACAGCGAUGCGGCCGCCACCAAGGCCUCGUCAGAAGUGGAGCCUAUGGAGACUGCUGGCUCUGCCUCCUCACCCCUACUUAAUGGCCAGCAAGAGCUCCUCCAUUCUGAAGGUGACACUCAGUCCAAUUAAAACUGAUCUGAUAGGACCUCAGAUCAGGCUCAGGGGAAGCUGGGAAAUCUGGAGCAGGAAGAAUCAGAAGAGUGCACCCCAUCCUUACCCCGAACCUGACGCUUCGCUGCUUAAAAACAAGGUGAACCACAAAUGUGUAGUGGCUUAUUUAAAAAGAGAUGACCAGAAGUGUGUAAAAGUGGAACAAUACAUUGUUAUUUUACUUGUUUUGAGUUCAUAGUUCAUGAUUUCUUGAAUGGAUGGGGGUGGGGGGUGGGGGGGUUGGUUCAUCUUGACUGUAUUUGUUGGUCUUUUUAGCACUCUGCCCCAAAAGCAAAAAGAGACAUUUCUGAGAAUCUCUACACCUCCUUGUUCUUGGCAUUUAGUGAGAAUACUUUUUCAAAGCAGUACUUGUGGCUUGUUUUUGGUUUAUAUCAGGUCCUACUUCUUGACUUUUUAUUUCUUUUUUUGAAAAGUCCGUAUGUACAAUUCUGAUGUUAGGGUGUCUCCUUUUCCUCCACCUGAAUCUCACUUGGAUUGCUCUAGUCCCCGUACUGUAAAAUAUUUUGAUUUAUUUGGAUCAGAAGGCUGUGAGGAUUAAAUGAAGUGUUGUUUUACUGCUUUGAUUUUAAUGCCCAUCUUGUCUUGAUGAAUAAAAAAAGAAGUUCAAA